UUAUUGAUUGUGUGUGUGUAUAUGUGUGUGCACGGAUACACAUGGGCAUGCAUGCACAUAAGCUACCUUGGCACACAUGUGGAGGUCAGAGGUCAACUGUAGGAGUUGGUACCAUUUUUGUACCAUAUGAGUUCUAGAGAUCAGACUGAGGUUGGUGACAUUCGAUGACAGACGUCCUUAUCUGCCAAGCCAUCUUGCUGACUUCUACACUGUAAUGGCUGUGAUCCUUUCUAGCUCAUUCUUACCUCAAAGGUGCCAUAGGAAUCAGGGUGAUGGUCACUCAGAACCUCCUCAGGAAGUUGUAAUUGAGACCUAAGGAGAGUGCGAAAAUGCGUGCAGUAGUCAGCCUCUGGGAGCUCUCGUGAGCAUCAACCUUUCCCUCUGUGCUGCCCCAGAGCAUCUCAAGGUAGCAAGGCCAGGUGCUGGAGGCCACGUGCCCACUCUGCCUUGUCUGUGAAACAAGGAAGUUUUGUCCUUUCUUCUGUCCCAUCAAUUUUAUGGAGGACACUUAUGCUUAUAAGGGUGGUUUCUGGAGCAGAACUGCCAGGGAGUGGCAUACGUCACCUCAUGAGUUGUCAUCACAUUCUCAGUCGUACUGGAAAAAUACAAUCUGAAACCUCCUCGCUCCGGCGGAAGCAGAGCUACAGUAGUCCUCACAAGAUAAGCCAUGGGCUUCCACCUACCUUACCACCUCUCCUACAGAUUGCGUUUACUGUUGCUUCUUAGCCUGUGUCUGACAGUGGUUGGAUGGGCCACCAGCAACUACUUUGUGGGUGCUAUUUGGGUGAUCCCCAAGGCAAAGGGCCUCAUGGCGAGUUUCCAUAAGGUCAUACCUUUGGGGAAUGAAGACACGAUGGCCCUUGGUGCAACCACGAAAAAAGCGGAACUUGAUAACUGCCCUUCUGUGUCUCCAAACCUCAGAGGCCAGAGCAAGCUCCUUUUUAAUCCUGACCUCACUUUGGAGGAAGUACAGGCAGAAAAUCCCAAAGUGUCUGGGGGCCGGUAUCACCCUGAGGAAUGUAAGGCUCUUCAGCGGGUCGCCAUCCUCAUCCCUCACCGGAACCGAGAGAAGCACCUGAUCUACCUGCUGGAACACCUGCACCCCUUCCUGCAGAGGCAGCAGCUGGACUACGGCAUCUACAUCAUCCACCAGACCGGAAGUAAAAAGUUCAACCGAGCCAAGCUCUUGAACGUGGGCUAUCUGGAGGCUCUCAAGGAGGCAGACUGGGACUGUUUCAUAUUCCAUGACGUGGACCUGGUGCCUGAGAAUGACUUCAACCUCUAUACAUGUGGUGAGCAGCCCAAGCACCUGGUGGUUGGCAGGAACAGCACUGGCUACAGGUUACGGUACAGUAAAUAUUUUGGGGGUGUCACUGCCCUCAGCAGAGAACAGUUUUUCAAGGUGAAUGGGUUCUCUAACAACUACUGGGGAUGGGGAGGAGAAGACGAUGACCUCAGACUCAGGGUUGAGCUCCAUAAAAUGAAAAUAUCCCGGCCCAAGCCUGAUGUGGGUAAAUACACUAUGAUCUUCCACACCAGAGACAAAGGCAACGAGGUGAACAUGGACCGGAUGAAGCUGUUACAACAGAUGUCACGAGUCUGGAAGACAGAUGGCUUAUCGAGUUGUUCUUACAGACUGCUCUCUGUGGAACACAAUCCUUUAUAUACCAACAUCACAGUGGAUUUCUGGACCGGUGCAUGACCUGGGCCUUCUGAUGAUGUUUGGGAGAACUGAUGACUUGAUUGUAAUAAUGUUGGCCUAGAGACUUCCAUAGUAGCACACAUUAAGGAUUUGUUCCAGCUAAUUUUUAGGCUGUAAUUUUCCGUUCUGUGUUUUUCUAGCAGAGCUCUUGACUAUGUAGAAUGUCCAGCCGUCGUAACAAGACAGCUUUCUUAGCUGUUUUGAUCAUGGCGAUGGUGUUGUAAUGCACACGC